AAAAUAUGGAGAUAAAUGGCAAUAAAAGAUCAUAUUAGCAUAAUGAGAAAACUGAUUUUUUUAAAAAUGGUAAGGAAAAUUGUCAUUCAUCUAUUAAAAUUCUAAAACUAAAAACGACGGCGUAGAAUGAAAAGCUACUGAGCUACAUAAUCACUUGUGGUGGGUUCUAGAAACUGAAAAUAGGAAGGCCCAAUUAUGAGAAAUCCGUGAUGGCGAAGAUAGAGAUACUACAGUAAUAAUAAGAGCUUUGCGGAUCACGUGUCGGGUCAACCCGGUUAGAUAUAUGGAGCAUCCAUCCUCGGCCGGCAAGUUACAUCGUUGGUAGAUCGAUCAAUCUCAUCUCCGAAACAAUAACCGCCAAUUUCCUUCCUCUCUAAAUCUCUCCGAUGAUGCUCGGUGGAAAGUCCUCCGCCGGAGGCCGUACAAGCCUUAGAGUCGCCGUCGCUGGCGACAAAGGAACCGGUAAAUCCAGCCUGAUCUCUGCCGUCGCCUCCGAGACUUUCCCGGAUAAUGUCCCUCGCGUCCUUCCUCCGAUUACUCUCCCUGCCGACGCUUUCCCUGACUAUAUACCUAUCACCAUCGUCGAUACUCCCUCAAGUAUUGACAAUCGGAUUAAGCUCAUUGAAGAAUUCAGGAAGGCUGAUGUGGUCCUUCUCACUUAUGCUUGUGAUCAGCCUUCAACUCUUGAUCGCUUGAGUUCUUAUUGGCUCCCUGAGCUCCGGCGUUUAGAGAUCAAAGCACCUGUGAUUGUGGUGGGCUGCAAGCUUGAUUUACGUGAUGAACGAUCUCCCGCCAGACUAGAGGAUAUUAUGUCACCAAUCAUGAAGGAGUACCGAGAGAUAGAAACCUGCAUUGAGUGUUCUGCAUUGACCCUUAUACAGGUCCCUGAUGUUUUCUAUUUUGCAUCAAAAGCGGUCCUUCAUCCAACAUUUCCCUUGUUUGAUCAAGAAAAACAAUGUUUGAAACCCCGCCUCCGCAGGGCAGUUCAAAGAAUAUUCAACCUUUGUGAUCAUGAUUUGGAUGGUGCCCUUAAUGACGCAGAGUUGAAUGAUUUCCAGGUAAAUUGUUUUGGUGCCCCACUUGACCCUGUUGAACUUAUGGGAGUUAAGAAAGUGGUACAAGAAAGGCAACCAGAUGGAGUAACUGACCUUGGUCUUACACUUCCGGGUUUCCUUUUUCUUUUCUCUCUAUUCAUCGAGAGAGGUCGCCCUGAGACAGCAUGGGCUAUCCUACGGAAAUGUGGUUACAAUGAUUCUUUAGAACUCCAUGCUGAGUUACUACCCGUUCCAGCUAAGCAGUCUCCUGAUCAGAGCAUCGAGCUAACAAACGAAGCUAUGGACUUUCUGAGUGGAAUCUUCCAGUUAUAUGACCUUGAUAAUGAUGGAGCGUUACAGCCAGCUGAGCUAGAUGAUUUAUUUCAAACAGCUCCAGAUAGUCCUUGGCUUGAGGAUCCUUAUAAAGAAGCUGCAGAGAAAACGCCAGGCGGAAGUUUGACAAUCAAUGGGUUUCUGUCUGAGUGGGCUCUAAUGACACUUCUAGAUCCUCGAAAAAGUUUGGCAAACCUGACAUAUAUCGGUUAUGGUCACGACCCAGCUUCAACAUUUUCUGUUACUAGGAAAAGAUCAGUGGAUCGUAAGAAACAGCGAACAGAAAGGAAUGUGUUUCAGUGCUUUGUAUUUGGCCCUAAAAAAUCUGGAAAGUCUGCACUCCUCGAUUCUUUCUUAGGAAGGAAAUUUUCAAACAGCUAUAAGGCAACAAUGGGUGAACGAUAUGCAGCAAAUGUCAUUGAUCAGCCUGGGGGUUCUAAGAAAACCCUCAUAUUGCGGGAAAUACCAGAGGACAGAGUUAAAAAGUUUCUGACAAACAAGGAAUCGUUGGCAGCAUGUGAUGUUGCUGUGGUUGUCUAUGACAGUUCGGACGUAUACUCAUGGAGAAAGGCGAGGGAAAUACUGAUGGAGGUAGCAAGGAGGGGAGAAGAGAGAGGUUACGGGACCCCUUGUCUUCUGGUUGCGGCCAAAGAUGAUUUGGAUCCAUAUCCAAUGUCAGUGCAGGAGUCUGAUAGGGUUUGCAUGGAAUUGGGGAUAGACAUCCCUGUGUCAUUAAGCAUGAAACUUGGGGAGCCAAAUAGUCUCUUCUCAAGAAUCGUGAGUACAGCAGAGAACCCUCACAUGAGCAUUCCAGAGACAGAGUCAGGAAGAAGAAGCAGGAAUAUCCGCCAACUCGUGAAUAGCUCACUUCUAUUUGUCUCAGUGGGUACAGCUGUUGGGUUUGCCGGAUUAGCAGCUUACCGUGCUUAUUCCGCAAGGAAGAAUGCUUGAAGCUUUUUGCCCCCAAAAAAAACUUAGUAAUAAAACACUUGAUGUUUUUCUUUAGCGAUUCAUCUGCUUUGUAUAGAAUAAAGGUAACCCUCGUUGAUGGCUUCAAAUCUCCGCUCCGUCACACCUGAAUUUUGGAGUUUUUAGAUACAAUUAUUAUGUGUGUGGGUUGGAUUUUUUUCUCAUCUUCGAGGAAUCUUUCUUAUUCUUUGUUUCUUUUUUUCAUUGAUGAUAUACCAUUUUAUCAAGAAAAAAAAAAUCAUAUUUCUUUCCUUUUUUUGGGAUCA